AUGAAAAUUGAACAAUAUCCAUUACCAAAGAUAGCAGAUAUCUUUGCGUCCCUUAGCGGAGGACAGAAAUUUAGCAAAAUAGACUUGACGCAGGCAUACUUGCAGAUGGAAAUUGAUGACGCGUCAAAGAACUUACUUACCAUUAACACUCACAAGGGACUUAUCCGCUUUAAUCGACUUUCCCUCGGAAUCGCUUCCGCUCUUGCUAUCUGGCAAAGAGCCAUGAACCAAGCCCUUGCAAACAUUCCAAAAACUAAAUGCAUUUUGGAUGACAUGAUUAUUACAGGCUCGACGGAUGAAGAACACUUACAGAAUCUCAGUAUUGAGAGACUCGAACAACAAAGGUUAAGGGCAAAUCUGGAAAAGUGUGAAUUCUUUUAA